AUGGGAAUAUUUUUCCUGGCUUUGGUCUGCUUUGGCCACGUCCAUCUUCUAAGAGGUGUAAGGAUCCCUGGACUUCCUCUAGAGGAUUACCUAGUGCGCCUGAUGGACAAUGACAAGCUGAUUUGCAGCGGAAUCAUUGUGAAUCGGCAACAAGUGCUUACAGCAGGCGUUUGCAAGCCUGAUCGAAAUAUUAAGAGCAUUCAAGUAGUGCUUUCCGAUAAUUCCACGAACACAAUAACGAACAGUAAGGUGUCCAAGAAUUAUACUGCAAAAGAUGCCAGUGAUCUGCUGCUCCUGCUCCAAUUGGGAACCCCAUUGGGGCAGAGGUUCUCCCAAACGCCGCCCAUCUGUCGGGAUCGACCUCCGGCCACCGAGGAAUUGGAGUACUGGAGCUGGAAUGGGAACGGGACGUCUCUGCGGAAGAGGAUCACGCCGCAGACGACGAACUUGGACUGCAGGCGGCGCAUCAAUGACCCCGACGGUGUGGUAAUUGGUAAUCACACUGUUUGCCUGAAAAACGAGGAUUUAUCGGAGCGGUGUGUGAAGAAUUUCGGUAUUCCCUUCGUGUGGCACAACACCUUUUGCGGCAUUAACAUCCUGGGACACAAUUGUCAAGUGAACGAAAAAAAUGAUAUUUUUGUUCGCUUGCUAAAAACUGAUUGA